AUGCUAUGCGACUCGGCUCUCCUGCCCUGGACUAUAAAAGGAAGAACACCUGCUUUCUCUUACGCAGCAGAUGUCUUUCAUGCUAGUAGCUUACGGCAGUCUCUUUCCAGGAGCAUGCCAGAGAAGCAAGAAUGUAAACGUCAAGCCACGAUGCUGUCACACCACAAACUGCUGGAACAGGGCAGUCGUCUCUCGUCAUCCUCGUCUGCUCCCUCAACCCCGACUGCCAAAGCCUUCAGACACACUCAUUUUAUAGACCAUGAUGAAGCAGCCGAUUGGUUGAGUGGGAGAGAUUUACAUAUGUGUAGGUGCAAUCCGCCAAUUCUCCCUUCCUCCAACUGCUCUGCGACACCAUACACAUGCAAUGCAUACUAUGAUCCAGAAGUCUAUGAUUACUUUCCUGACAGCAUUCUAUCUACAUUGCCAGCAGCCAUUUUAGUGCCUGAAGAAAGAAGCUUCAUUCCAAAGAAUGAGCCCAUGUCAAGAGAACCACUUGGUUUUGAUUCUCCAGACUUUGAUCCCUCUUUGAAAGGAAAGCAUUUGAUUGACUCUUCUAAAGAAGGUAAUCUACACUCAACAUGUUCAACUCCUCAGUCACAAGUUGAGAUGCAAGGCUUGGAUGAUGAACUAAAUAGUCUUGUUUCAACUGAAUCCCUUGAACAUGUCAUUAAUGAUGGCUUUCUCUCAGAAACAGAUGAUGAUGAUGAUAUCUUUCCAGAUUGGAAGUUUCUCUUAGAAGAAACUUCAGCAUCUGAAAGGUUUCCUGCAACAAAUGAAGCCAGAAAUGAUUAUAUCAGUAACCCUAAUAAUAUUGACAGCAUUCUUAGUUCUGAAAGACAUUUGGAAGAUGAUUUGGAUGAUAAUUUCCAGGCCAUAUCUUCUGCAGAAGAAAUUUCCAAUUUGAGGCAAACAUUUUCUGAUUUUACUGAAAAGACACCAUCAAAGAUUUUGGACCACUCCUUAGAAAUGACCAAUUCUGACUCGAGCCAUGACAGUCAGAAUGAAGACAAUAACAACAAUGAUGAUGAUGAUUCAGACUCUGUUCUCUCCAUAUAUGCACCUUCAGAUGCAUCUUUUUUGGAUGAAAAUGAUGCAAACAUUUCCGAUGACAGAUCUUGUCCUGAAGAACAAAGAACAUUUAUUUCCUUUCUUUUUCUUUUUUUUUUUUCCUUUCUCUUUUUUUUUUUUUCCUUUCUCUCUUUUUUUUUUUUUUUCUCUUUUUUUUUCUUUUUUUUUCUUUCUUUUCUCUUUUUUUUUCUUUCCUUUCUCUCUUUUUUUCUUUCCUUUCUCUCUCUUUUUUUUUUUUCCUUUUCCUUUCUUUCUUUUUUUUUUUUUCUUUUCUCUUUUUUUUUUCUUUCUUUCUUUUUUUCUUUCCUUUCUCUCUUUUUUUUUUCCUUUUCUCUUUUUUUUUUUUUUCUCUUUUUUCCUCUUUUUUUUUCUCUUUUUUUCUUUCCUUUCUCUCUUUUUUUCUUUCCUUUUUUUUUUUUUUCCUUUUCUUUCUCUCUUUUUUUCUUUUUUCUUUCUCUUUUUUUUCUUUCCUUUUCUCUCUUUUUUUUAAGGGGUUUUCUCUUCCUUUUUUCUUUUUUUCUUUCCUUUCUCUCUUUUUUUUCCUUUCUUUCCUUUCUCUCUCUUUUUUUCUUUCCUUUUCUUUCCUUUUUUUUUUCUUUUUUUUUUUUUUUCUCUCUUUUUUCUUUCUCUUUUUCUUUCUUUCUCUUUUUUCUUUCCUUUCUUUUUUUUUUCUUUCUUCUCUCUCUUUUUUUCUUUCCUUUUCUCUCUCUCUUUUUUUCUUUCCUUUCUCUCUCUUUUUUCUUUCCUUUUCUCUCUUUUUUUUUUCUUUUUUCUCUCUUUUUUUUUUUCCUUUCUCUCUUUUUUUUCUUUCCUUUUCUCUCUCUCUCUUUUUUUUUUCCUUUUCUUUCUCUUUUUUCUUUCUUUCUUUUUUUUUCUUUCCUUUCUCUCUCUUUUUUUCUUUCUUUCUUUCUCUCUUCUUUUUCUUUCCUUUUCUCUCUUUUUUUUUUUCUCUUUUUUUCCUUUCUCUCUCUCUUUUUUUCUUUUUUCUCUCUCUCUCUCUUUUUUUUCUUUCCUUUCUCUUCUCUUUUUUUUCUUUCCUUUCUCUCUCUCUUUUUUCUUUCCUUUCUCUCUCUCUUUUUUUUCUUUCCUUUCUCUCUUCUUUUUUUUUCUUUCCUUUCUCUCUUUUUUUUUCUUUCCUUUCUCUCUUUUUUUUCUUUCCUUUCUCUCUUCUUUUUUUCUUUCCUUUUCUCUCUCUUUUUUCUUUCUCUCUCUUUUUUUCUUUCUUUCUCUUCUCUCUUUUUUUUUCUUUCUCUCUCUUUUUUUUUUUCUUUCUCUUUCUCUCUUUUUUUUCCUUUUCUCUCUUUUUCCUUUUUCUCUCUUUUUUUUCCUUUCUCUCCUUCUCUCUUUCUUUUUCUUUUUUCUUUUUUUUUUUCUCUCUCUCUUUUUUUUCUUUCCUUUCUCUUUUUUUUUUUUCCUCUUCUUUUUUUUCUUUUCCUUUUUUUUUUUUCCUUUCUCUCUUCUUUUUUUCUUUCCUUUCUCUCUCUUUCUUUUUCUCUCUCUCUCUCUCUCUCUCUUUUUCUUUCCUUUCUCUCUCUCUCUCCUUUCUUUUUUUUUUCCUUUCUCUCUCUUUCUUAA